AUGGUCCAACUGUUUGUGGUUCACCCUGACCUUCAAGUCUCUGAUUGUAACGACUGUCCGUCACAGAACUCUCUGGACAAGAAGAAAGGAGAAUAUAUCAAAAACCUCAAGUAUUAUAAACGGUUGACAGCAAAAUUGUCACAUAAUGCGGACGUUGCGCAAGUGCCAAAUUACUGUCUUACGAGGAAUACGGAGCAGAACGUGAACGACAUUAUUCAUAGUGCCGAGAAAAUGGACGAUGGUUCAGAUGACGAUAAACCAACCUUGGAUGACGUUCAUGAACUGAGCCACUUACCGUUAUCGUCGAUGCAGAUCAGCGAAGACGAUUUCACCAAACAAGGGACUACUAGAGUUGACUCUAUGUCUCUAGAGGAAAAACUUGAGCUGCCAGCCAACUUGGAUUCCCGUUCGAUGGAUGAAGACACAAACAACUUCUUAGCAUUAAAGUACUUGCAAAUCAUCACCGAUUUGUCUUUGGUCGAGUACAAGUAUCUCCAAAGUUACUCCAAGAUCAACGAGUCAAUCAAGAAGUAUUUCUCGAUGCCCGAACUGACAUCAGAUCUGGAGGAAGAAGGUUGCACGGUUGUCAGCAACGAGAUGGAAUUUUUCAAAAAGUUGGAGCUUCUCCUAAAACGAUCACGCGAAUUAAAGUCUCAGUUUGAAGAGAAGUACCUUCUACCAAGACAGCAAGUGUCCGACCUAAUCCACACGUCUACUCAUCCUGCCCAGAAAGAGGCUGUACGCUGA